AUGCAUCUCAAACCAAGUUCCCUGCUCAAAGAUUGUCUCAGCGAAGUUGAGGGAAAUCCAGAUUUUUCAAAUAAAGAUGUUACUGCAUCUCAAACCCCUGUGGUUGCAGAAGUCCCUUCAGGGACCAUCCCUUCACUAACUCAUAUGGAACAACAACCUGAGAUCAAUAUCACAUCCCGAGCUAUGAGCCUUCCAAAUAUACUUAAUCAGUAUGCUGCUCCUGUCCGUAUACCUACAAACAGCACGGUAGAAGAUGACAAAGUUGCUCUGAUGAUGCCUGAGCAAGUGCCCUCGUUGACCCAGGUUUCGCCAGCACAAACACAAUCAACAUCACCAUCUCCAUUUUCUGUUAACCAGCUUAUGGCGGCUAUUCCACGUCAAGAGAUACGUUUCAAAAUAAAUCCAAAGCUCGGCUCCCUUGGUCCACAACUGCAAUAUAGCAAGAUUAUGGAUUUGGCUUUGGAUAAGGCUAACAGGGAGAUAAUACUCCCUGUUAUUCAAAGAAGUGUGACCAUAGCAAGCCGAACUACAAAAGAACUUAUUCUGAAGGUUACUUUCUUACCUUCAUUGGUUUAA